AUGUUAGCGAUGCAGAUCAUACCUGCAAAUUUGAUUCCUCUGUCAGUGGUAUCAGACGCUAAACAAAAGAACAAGGUUGCGAUUAUGUUCGUUGGAGAAACCACGGCGGCGCCACGGUGGCGACGUCAAGACUUGAUGCUGUUUCACUUUAUUGGACCCAGUACAUUCACCACGCUCGGCGAGCAUGCAGAAGGGAAGAAGCUGGAGCGUGACCAAGGGCUGAGGCACAAAAAACGCGGGGAAGAGUAUUCUUGUCGAGAGCUUGCCUACGUAUUCCACGCGAUCUUCCAUGCGCCUAGGGAGGUUAUUCCGAGGGAGAUGAUUCCUGCUGUUGGUGGUGCCUUGAGAAAUUGGGAUUGUGGGAAGGCGAGUGGGGUUGAAAAAGCAAAGGACAAGAAGCUGGAGUCAAGGAGUGGGUAUUGGGAUGGUGUCUAUGUUGCACGAUUCCAUCGGACGCCUUCCACACAUCUUCACACGAUGCAGGCCCGCCAAAAUAAUCGGGACUGCUUUACCGGCCGUAAAAUCACAGGGAAGAGUAUUCCCGUCGCCGCCGAGCAUUGCCCAGCUAGCAUCCGUGUACGGUCACUACUCACGUCUCGUCAAGUCCAGGCAUUGAAUUCAUCGCAUGUUAGCAGAGAAACAAAAGCUCGUUCCAGUGCUAGUGAUGUAACCUUGCCUGACCGUGCCUUGAAUAAACAAGCGUCAUCACAAAUGUCAAAAUUUUUGCAAAACAAUCCUGCGCUGAGGUUACUUGACUUCUUCAGGUAUACCACUCGGAGAAGGAAUCUUACUACGAACACCGAGGAUCUCUUAGAGCCGGAGCUCUCGUGCGCUGAGGUAAUCUCCAACACUGCGCUCAAUGGUCUCAAGCCCACUGCUGGAGCUCGGGAUGUAGCUAAAUGGAUGGGACAGACCGCGUGUAUCGUAGCGAACGUGUCCGAGUCAGAACACCAGACGGUGAACAUGAGUCAAGAGCUCACCCCAAUCACUAUAGAGCUGUGUGAGGAAGACGUAAAAAUCUCGUAUGAUAUGGCGCGCCGCGUGAUGAGCGCUGUGUAUCCAACACCAUGCUGUGGCUUCGCGCGUCAAGAGGACGUGCGGAGUAGAUUCAGAUAUCGUUAA